AUGAUGCGCCCGUGUUGCCAGGGCACUUUCCUGCACGCUUCAACGAAUUUCCCCGUGUUUGGCGAGAGCUGGCCUCCGAAAUGCAGCAAGCAAGUGAUCUAUUUGCAUGCCUCUGCCUCUGCUUCAAGGCCGAAGCCUGCGGUCACUGCACGCGAAUGGCUUGCAGACUAUUUGCUUAAGGCGGAAAACAAGACUGAUUUCAUUAUCACAGGGCCUGCGACGAAUUUGGCAGCGACGCUGAAGCAGCACCCCGAGCUGAUAAGAAAGGUGGGCACUGUGCUCUGGAUGGGGGGAGCCGUGGAUGUGAAUGGAAAUGUCCGCGACGAUGAUGACCAGCGACCGCAGGAAAGCGACGGCACCGCCGAGUGGAAUGCUUUUUGGGAUCCUGAAGCUACCACAGAUCUCCUAAAGUUGGGCCUUGACCUAAGGCUGGUCCCUCUCGAUGCCACUGACGAUGUCCCCGUCACCAAGGACUUCAUCCAGCGAUUGGACCCGACACUCGAAGUGGCCCGUACUGCACGCCAGAUCUGGGCACGGUCAAAGUUUCAGAAGAGCAAUGCCGUGUACUACAUGUGGGACACGCUGACGGUCGGCUUGUACCUUCGACCCGACCUAUGCUCCUGGGAGGAGCUUCGCCUGCGGGGCUGGGCUGAAGGUCAUGCUCAGGGCCGCACAGAACGGGCCCAGGAUGCUCCAAUCGCUCUCAUGGCGAAGAACACCAACGUUUCCGCGUUCACCGACUUUCUGCUGGAUGUGUUAAACAACAGGAAAGGCUGA